UUUUAGGAACUGCUGGGGCCUGGAGAACUGAGAGCGAAGUGAGAGAGCUGUGGCAGUGAGAGUUGGAGUGUGUGAAACGAGUGGCUUUGAGUUGUGAAUUGAAUAAAGAGGAUUAUUGAAACGUGACGCAGAACUGUCUCCUUGUGUGUGCCCGCGUCGUAACGCGGAUCAGUAACAGAGUGUUACAGUGGCGCCCAGCUUGCCGCUACAAUAUGUCAAACCCACAGAACCUCCAGUCAGCUCAGAUACUGGUUCAAACGAUGGCCGAAUUGGCGGCCUUGCAGCAGCAGCAGGUGGUAGUGUACCGGCGUCAUCUGGAAGAUCUGCAGGCCCAGACUGAGCAGCAGACACGGGUGCUACAAAACUUUUUGGCUCAGUUUGGGGCCGCUGCGAUUCCGCCCCAUCUAGACCGGCUGAAACUCUCCUCAGAAGACCAACGUUGCCGGUUCUGUGGUUGCCGCAUGGGAGCAAGACCGCCGGCAGGGGAGGAAGAACAAAACUCAAAUCAGGAACCAGUCAUUCCUUUUCAAUGUAAACAGGAAUAUGAAGAAGCAGCUGGUUUGGUUCAGGUCUUGCCAUCCACAAGUGAUACAGGAAAGAGAAAAUCAGACCUUGAAAGUGAUGCCAGCAGGUUGCAGUCACCAGCUAAGCGACAGCGUCUGUCUAUGCCAGGAUUUGCAGAAGCAAUCAUAUUUUCUGAUGUGAAAAGCAUCAUGACAUUUGUACAUUCCAGACUAAAUGACCAAGACAAACUCAGUGCUUUCUUAAAGAAAAAGAUCAGUGAUUUGGAGAUAGACAAGAGGGAGCUGGUUGGUGUCUUUGGUAAAACUGGGGCUGGAAAGAGCUCUUUGAUAAAUGCCAUCAUCAAAGAAAAGAAUCUUUUACCCUCAGGAAGUGUCAAUGCCUGCACCUCAGUCAUGAUCAAAGUGGAAGCUAACACACGUAGCUCAAAGUAUGAGGCAGAAAUUGAGUUCAUCACAAAGGAGGAGUGGCGUGAUGAGUUGUGGUCAUUUCGUCAGUUUCUUGACAAUAAUAAAAAUCAGGAAAAGGAAGAUGAUGAUUAUCAUGAUGCUGUUGAAAAGCUGUCAGCACUGUAUGGAGAAGACUGGAAAAAGUCCUUUGAAAACCUCAUGGACCGCAAAUAUUUCAAAGAAAUUCCAGAAUUUCUCCAAUCCAGGCAGAAGAUUUUGACAUGUGAAUCAGCUAAUGAACUCUCUGCAAAAUUUGUCAAGUACACAAGAAGUGAUUCAAAACAAGAAGAAGGUAAUGAAGGAAAAAAGUGGUUUUGGCCACUAGUGAAGUGUGUGACUGUCAGGGUGCCAAACAAUCCUUUUCUCCAGCAUGUCACACUUGUGGACCUUCCUGGAAAUGGUGACUGUAACAAGAGCAGAGAUCAGAUGUGGAAAGGGAUAGUUGGAGAUUGUUCUACUGUGUGGAUUGUGACUGAAAUUAAUCGAGCAGCAUCAGAGAAAGAGGCCUGGGAGAUCCUGGAAAGUGUCAGUAGUCUGAUUGGAAAUGGUGGCGAAUGUCAGCAAAUUCAUUUUAUUUGCAACAAGUCUGAUGUUCUUGAUGACUCAGAUGAUCUUUCAUCAGCUGAUAUCCAUGAUCGAAUAGUUAAAAGAAACCUGCAAGCCAAGGAUGGAGUAAGGAAGGCAUUCAACAAACGAAGCAAGAUUAAGAAACACUUCACUGAUGACAGUUUCAAAGUGUUCACAGUGAGCUCCAAAGAGUUCCUAAAAGGGAAGCAUCUAAGUCCAGAAGAAACUGAAAUAACCAAACUUCAGGGAUUUUUGCAAGAGCUCAAUGACUGUCACUCAGAGACAGUAAACUAUGUGAGUGGAGCUCACAGGAUUCUGUCUUUGAUUCAAGGAGCCAACUCCAGAGGAGUGGGUGAUAAAAAAGGCAGGAUUUGUGCAAAACUUGAGAGAAUCACUAUCCUCCAACUUGAUAAUGUCAGAAAAGAGAUGGAAAAGACCUCUCUGGCUUUUGAAAAAUGUCUUGCUGAUGGCGUUGAGAAAUCCAAACGUUCAUAUGGAGAAAAACUCAAGAAUUUCUUGUAUCAAGGAAGGAACAGUGGUUUUUGCGGGGUACUGAAGCAGGUUGUUGAGAAUGGUGGCGUCUACAAACCAAAAAACGGGAAACUAAUAAACCUUAACAUGAAGUUGGCUUCAUGUCUGACUGACAGCAUUGGUGAAGAAUUCAAAAAGACCUUCCUAAAUGACUCAGAAUGUGGAGCAUUCAACGGAGUCAUCAAGACUUUUUCACUUAACACUGAUUCUCUGAUUGAAAAGUACAAAAAUGCUGAACUGCAGCUCAGAUUUCUCAAGACAGAGGAAGAAAAAAUGAAGGCAAAACUGAACAGAAUCAUCCGGAAACAGAAGAAAAGAGUCUACAGCAGUCUGACAGAGACAAUUGAGAACAUUAUGGAAGAAGGCUACAAGAAGGCUGCAGAAUUUAGAGGAGAAGGCAUGCUGUACUGCAUGAGGGAGACUAUUAAGAACCAUGUGCACUCAAAGAAGGACAUGUUUGAGCAGGCAAAAAAUACCAUGUUGGAGAAGUUGCAUGAUUUGACGGAAAACAUCCGGGAGAUUCUGGAGAAAACUACAAAGGAAUCCAUUAAAUGUUCAUUCAAAACUGAUGGGAGCUUACUUCCAGAUGUUUCAACAGAGCUUGAUAUGGUGAAGAAACAUUAUGAUCAACUUGCAGGCACUCCAGAUGAUGAAGUGUCCCUUACUGGGUAACUCCUAAUAUGUUAUCAAUGAUUUGCUGACUGGGUAGAAACAGCAGAAGCCUGGUCACAAACAGGUUUUCCCAGAGGAAGUGCUGAUUAAAACCAAAAAAAAAACCAACAACAACAUCUGAUUUGGUCUCAGUAAUCUUUUAUUUGUUUUCAUUUGGUCUUUUUAAAAGUUGUUUGGUGAUAUUUGACUUUGAUUUUGAGAAUGUCAUUACCAGUGAUUUUGGAUUUUUAUUUCUGUAAGACAUGUAUCUUGUAAUGAUUCAAAUCUUGAGGCUGACAAAGAAGUUUGAGAAAAACUGAAAGAAAUUUACAUUACAUCACUCUACAUAUAGUUCAAAUCUAUCAUUUUAUUUUAUGAGUUUAGUUAUGUUUCAUCCAGAUGACAAUGGCAAUUAUAUAGCACAUUUCAGUACAUGUAAAAUCAGUCUACUUAACACAGAAGAUAAAAACAUGGUAACAUUUUAUAAUACAGCCCACAACUAAGGUGUAAUUCCCCUGUAAUUAAAUGGAAUAUUGAUGUAUUUUAUCUAAAACUACAAUUAAAAUUGUAAUUUUAUUUACCUACAGAUAUUUAAAGGUAGGGAUUUCUAAAAUGUUUAGUAGUAUAAUGUAAUGACUCCUGCAAUUUAUCUUGUAAACGUUGAUUGGUCAGUUAGGGUAAGUAGCUCCAUCUCCAUGCAGCUGCAGGACUAGUUUUAUCUCUUUACAUUGUAUCCAUCCUCAAAUGAUUAAUUUCAGUAGUUCUUUUCACUAUGGAAUUAAUUGUCUGAUUGUGAGGUGAAAAGUAGUUUUUCAUCUCAACCUUUCACACACAAAUGUGUUUUUUGAAAGGUUUUCAUAAAUUAGAGCCACAGCAAAGGGUGUUUGUUUUGAAAUUAUUGAUUUAUUUGUAAAGUUAGAGUUUCUGUUUUUUUUCAAGGACACAUUCAGACUUCUUGUCAUGCUCUUUAUUUGUUGCUUCCUUGCUCCCAACAACCUUUCUAAACUGUCAUCUGUGUUUAUUCUUCACAAUAAAUAUUGAAAUGCUAUUUUAUUAAAAUGGCUUAUAUUA